AGUUCUUAGUUUCCUUUCGGUGAUCACAUCAAACAUGGUCAAAAAGUUGUCUGCGCUUUUUUUACUUCCUCUGGUCCUCUGCGAGGAUAUAUCUAGACAGCCGAUGUAUAAAUACAGGUAUGAAACAGAGGAUGUAAUGAAGACAGCUGCUUCCACGGUGCCUGUAAGAGGCUAUCACGUAGUGGAAGGAGGUUAUUACCCUUCUGAGCCUGAGGUUGGUGGUUUUGGAUUUGGAGGAGCCGGAUUUGGUGCAGGUCCAGCAGGAUACGGGUGCCGGAACAGGAUUUGGAGGUCUUCACGGGGAUUACAAGGAGGAUACCAGGGAGGAUUACAAGGAGGAUUGCAAAGUGGAUUACAAGGUGGAUUACAAAGUGGACUACAAGGAGGAUUACAGAAUGGAUUACAAGGUGGUUUGCAAGGAGGUCUUGGUCUUCACCACCACAUUCCCCACCACAUCGGAGGUCAGCACCUAGCGAAAGAAGAAUUUAGUGGUGGAAAAAAGAGCGCAAAUGACGAGAAAUAUGAAAAGAGUGAAGGUAAACAAGGCGAGGAAGCCAAUCAUGGAAAAUCAGGGUAUGUGAAAGGAGAAGUAGCAGCUAAAGAUGUUAAAGGAGACUCUGGAUAUUAUACUAAUGUUGAUGGCGAGAAAAAAGUGUAUGAAGAUGGAAAAGAAUAUCAAGGAGGACAACAUUACAAUAAAGAAGGUAAAAGUGGCGAAGAAAAAACAGCUAAACAAGGUCAUAAAAAAGGUCAUAAAAUCAAAAGUUUUAAGAACUCACAUCACAAGGACGAAUCGGGAAAAUCGGAAGAGUAUUACGAUGAAGCCCAUGAUGAAGGUGGGGGCAACCAAGAUUCAAAAUACAACUCCGCUGAGGCUAAAAAAGAAGGACACUUUGAAAAUAAACAUUCCAUCGACAAAGUUGAAGGAGACCAAGGAAAAUACGGCCAAAACAAAUUCGCCGGAAACGAAGCUAUAUUCGGGUACAAAAAUGGAGCUGAUGAACAAAGUCUUCUUGGCCACCAAGAAUCUAGUAAACUGUACAAGGCUCAUCCUUUUGUUAUUCCAUUUUAUGAACCUUAAUGGUCAGAAAAGGUUGUGAGGAUGUAGAGGAAAAUUUCUGACCUAAAAUAAGGAGUUCUAUUAUACAGCUAUGUUCUUCUAGUACAGAAAUGUAAGUUUUGAGUAAUACUUUUAAAAUUUUUUAUGGAAGCUUAAAGCUUACCAAUUUCUAUUAUAUCUUUCAUUGUGAAUGUUUACAUUUUGCCAUUUUGUGUUGUUUUCUAAUAUUUAAUAAUUUAUUAUUUAGUUAUUUAAGAGAUUGAUUACGAUGACUGCCGAUAAAAUUUGUUGACGAUUGAGCUUGUAUAUGGUAUAUUCUAUUUGUUAUUAUGUUUUUGUAAUAAAUGCUAUUGCGUU